GCUUUACUUGAUUUUUAUGCAAUAGAUGGCCUUGGCAUGACCUUUUAAUUUCAUCCACAAAUCCUUCGGUUUUCUAUCCUUCCUCAUAUAAAUUCGUGUCACAAUCUCAACCAUUACUGGUUCCAAGGCUUUUUGAAAUCAACAAAUAGAAUACGUUAUGGUAUAUGAAACAUGGUGCAUGCCUGUCUAAACAUCACACCCACUAUAUAUAUAUAUAUAAGGUCAAGGCCAUAGCAGAACAAAACUCACAUCACGCACGCGCACACACACACAUACACACUCUAUUACUUUACACACUUCACUUCACUCCAAUUUGUAGUCAAAAGGGAUGGCAAACUUUUAUGAAGAAGCUCCACCUCUUCUUCAAGACCUAAAAGUGACCAUCCACAAAACUACAAUGGUUUUUCCAUCCAAAGAAACUGAGAAGAAGUCAUUGUUCUUAUCAAACAUAGACAAGGUCCUCAAUUUCGACGUGGAAACGGUUCACUUCUUUGCAGCAAACAAAGAUUUUCCACCCCAAAUAGUGACCGAGAAGUUCAAGAACGCCCUAGGAGAUGCUCUAGUUGUUUAUGACUUCUUAGCUGGAAGAUUGAAGCUGAACUCAGAAACAAACAGGUUAGAGAUAGAUUGCAACGCAGAAGGUGCAGGGUUUGUGGUGGCUUCUAGUGAGUACAAAUUGGAUCAGAUUGGGGACUUGACUUAUCCUAAUCCAGCUUUUGAACAAUUUGUUCAUAAGAGUAAGGAUUUCCUUAAACCAGGUGAUGAGCCGCUCUGUGUUGCUCAGUUGACAUCCUUCAAGUGUGGUGGCUUUGCAAUUGGGAUCACAACCAGUCAUACCACCUUUGACGGUCUUAGCUUCAGAACAUUCUUGGACAACCUUGCUGCAUUGGCUGCUAACAAGCCCUUGGCUGUGAUACCCUGCCAUGACAGGCAUCUUCUAGCCGCACGAUCCCCUCCACGUGUCAGCUUCCCCCACCCUGAGUUGAUCAAGCUCGGUAACCUACCCACAGGCCUUGACUCCGGGGUCUUUGAGGCCUCAUCAGAAGAACUUGACUUCAAGGUUUUUCGGUUAACCUCUGAAAACAUCAUUAGCCUAAAGGAAAAAGCUAAGGGUAACAACAGUGCCACACGUGUCACUGGUUUCAACGUUAUCACCGCUCAUUUAUGGAGAUGCAAGGCUUUAUCAGGACCACAUGAUCCUAAUAGAUCAUCAACUGUACUAUAUGCUGUGGAUAUACGUUCAAGGUUGAAUCCUCCAUUGCCAAAAUCAUACGCUGGGAAUGCUGUGUUGACAGCUUAUGCUAAUGCAAAGUGUGAGGAACUAGAAAAAGGUUCAUUCUCAAGCUUGGUGAAGAUAGUGGCAGAGGGUGCAAACAGAAUGAGUGAUGAGUAUGCAAGGUCUGCUAUAGACUGGGGAGAGUUAUAUACUGGUUUUCCAAAUGGGGAGGUUUUGGUGUCUUCAUGGUGGAGAUUAGGGUUUGAAGAUGUGGAAUUUCCAUGGGGAAAACCAAAGUAUUGUUGUCCAGUGGUGUAUCACAGGAAGGAUAUUAUAUUGUUGUUUCCUUCUUUUGGUGGAGAUGGUGGUGAAGAUGGGGUAAAUAUUAUAGUGGCUCUUCCUCCUAAGGAAAUGGAAAAAUUCCAGAGUCUCUUUUACAAGUUUUUGAUUUGAGAGAGCUGGAAAACCAGCCUGUCUCUUCUCUCAUUAUAUAUGGUGGUUAUUGAUGAUCAUAUCCUUAAUUAUAGGUGUUUGAUAUAUAAUAAGUGAUGAUUGGUAUUUUAAUAUGGAUGAUGAAUUAAAUUAAUUUGUAAUUGAUGUUUUUCAGCUGAUAUGAAUCAUAUGAU